AUGGAAAAAUUUGGAUUUAAUAUAAAACUACCCUUAAUUGAAAAGGCAUCUACAAAUGUUAAGGAUUUUAUAUCUUAUAUAAAACUAAAUGAUGGUAUAUACUUUGAAAAAAUAAAAUUUGAUAAUAAUGAAAUAAUAAGUAAUUUAGAAAAUAAUAAUGUAUAUAAAAAGAUCGAAGCUAUGAAACAUAUAUUAAUUGCACAUAUUUUAAAAAAAAAUGUUUCUUCUUUUUUUUUUAAUGUUUUAACAAAUAUAUCAGUAAAUAAUUUAGUAUUAAAAAAAUUAAUUUAUAAUUAUUUAAUUUUAUAUGCCCAUGGAAACACAGAUUUAACAUUAUUAUCAACAAAUUCGUUUAAAAAGGAUUUAAAUAAUAGCAAUUACCAAAUAAGAUCAUAUGCAUUAAGAGCAAUUACAUCAAUAAAGUCACUUACUAUAAUUAAUUUAUUGAUAGGAAUGUUAAAAAAACUUUCAAAUGACGAUUCUCCAAAUGUUCGUAAAACAUGUGCAGAUGUUAUACCUUCUAUAUAUUUUAUUGAUAAAGAUCAGUUUAUUUUUUUAAGAAAAAUUUUAUUAAAAUUAAUUUCAGACAAAGAAAUAACUGUUGUAUCAUCAGCUAUUAUAUCCUUUAGUACAAUAUGCAUACAUAAUCAUAUUCAACUUCCUUAUAUUUAUCAAGUGAAAAAUAAAAAAGAAUUUAAUUCAAAUAAACUCAUAUCUUAUAAUGAUGAUACAUGUCAAGAUUCUACAAAAUUUACAAAUUUGUAUCAUAAUCAAAUUUAUGAACAUGUUUCGAAUCAAAUAAAUCAAACUCACAUAAAUCAUAACAUAAUGCAUAACACCCCAAAAGUAAAAAAUGGUGAAGUAAAAAAUGGUGAAGUAAAAAAUGGUGAAGUAAAAAAUGGUGAAGUAAAAAAUGGUGAAGUAAAAAAUGGUGAAGUAAAAAAUGGUGAAAUAAAAAAUGGUGAAAUAAAAAAUGGUGAAAUAAAAAUGGACGAUACAUGGCUUACAAACAUGCCUGAUGAAACUCAGAUAUAUAAUUCGCUAUCACUUUUGCAUGUACACUAUUAUAAGUUGUGUAAAUAUUUGUUAUAUAUGCACCCAUAUAAUCAAACUUAUUUAAUUGAUUUGUUACUACGAUAUUGUAGAAUGUUUUAUAGAAAUCCUUUAAAAAAUGAACAAAUUAAAUUAAAAAAAAAAGAAAAAAAAAUUGAUAAAAAUAUAAAUAAUGAUAAACCCUUUAAUGAAAAUAACUAUGACACAUUUGACGAAUAUAAAAAUUAUACAAUAGAUAUUGAAAUAUUUAUUGAUAAAUUAUUAUUAUUGUUAUCAUCAAAUAGUUAUAGUGUUGUUUUAAUAACAAUAUCAUCUUUAUAUAAAUUAACAGAAUUUACAUAUAAAGAAGAAAUGAUUCAAGCUAUAUUAUUUUGUUUAUUAAAAAGCAAUAUAGAAAAAAAUGAUGAAAUAUAUGAAAUAUUUAUUAAAAGUAUAAAACCAAUUAUAAAAUCUUUAAAAAAUGAUUUCGAUCCAUAUAUAUCUUAUUUUUUUAUUAACAAUCAAGAUAGUACAAUAAAAAAAUCUUUAAAAAUUGAUAUAUUAUAUAUAUUAAAUAAUCAAAAUAAUCAAACAAUUAUAUUAGAUGAAUUUAUACAUACAUUAUAUAUACCCAACAAUAAUGAAUUUAUUAUUAAAAAAUUAUUUAGAUAUAUAACAGAGAUUUCUUUACAAAAUUCAAAAUGUAUGUCUAAGUUCAUUAAUCAAAUUAUGAUAAUGAUAAAUUCAAAUAUAAAAAUAUAUUCAUAUGAAUCUAUUUUAUCGUUAAGAAAAUUAUUGCAACAAAAUGAUAAUAAACAAAUUAAAAAAAUCAUUUUUUUUUUGAUAAAAAUAUUAUUACAAGUUCAAUCAACUGAUGUUAAAAUAUCAAUUUUAUGGAUAUUAGCAAAUUAUCAAAAAUAUAUUGAUUACCUUCUAGUUUAUGAUUUGUCAAGAAUAUUAGUAAAAUCUUUUAAAAAUUCAGAUAAUACUUUUAAAAUACAUAUAAUUCAUUUUCUGUUUAAAAUAUGGAUAUAUCAAUUGGGUUGUAUAAUUCAAAACAAUUUUCAUCAAGUUGAUUUAAAAAAAAAACAAACUCAAACAUUACACGACAAAAAUGGGCAGAAUUACCAGAAUGAACAUGCAAAAAUGAAAAGCGACUUUUUGUUAUUCGAAAAAUUAUGUAAAAGUUGCUUUUUAGUAGCAUAUCAAGAUAGACAUUUUGAUAUUCAAGAUACGACAAAAUUUUACUACCAUGUGAUGUUUACAAUAAAUAAAUUAAAAUCACAAAAUUUAUUGAAUUAUCAACUUUUACAAACAAAUAUUUUUAAUCAACCAAUUUCAGAUUUAACAUUAUCUUUGUCUUAUUUAAAAUCUUUUUAUUUAUACUCUGGAGAAUCGAUAAUUGCACAUUCAUUACAACUUGGAUCAAAUAAUUUAUUCGAAAAUAAAUUAGAUAAAUAUUUUUCUCAAUUCGAGCAAAACAAAUACAUUAAUAAUAAACACAAAAAAAUACAUAUAUACCAAUUAAAUACUAUAUCUAAUUUGCUAAAUCUAAAAAUACCAUUAUAUGCUGAUUUACCAUAUUUUUCUCAAUUCGAUUUACCAAAUACUGAACAUGUUAAUAAUAUUGAAAAAGAAAAAAAAAAACCUAUAAGUUUUUCAUCACGUGAUUUAAAAUAUAAUCAAAAUAUAACUAAUAAUAUUAAUUCUCAUAUUUUUUCGAACAUUGAUGAUUUUUAUAAAGAAGAAAACAUGAAAUUUGUUCAAAAUCAAAUUUCAAAAUUUUCUGAUACAUCAUUUUUAAUUAACAAAGGAUCGAAUAUUCAGGGCGAAGAUGAAGAAUCAGAUAAUAAUCAACAAUCUCAAAAAAUAAAUAAAUUCGAAAAAUAUGAAAAGGUGGAAACUGCCAAAGAUUUAAUUUAUGAAGAAAUUGAAGAUAUAGAAAAAUUAUUUUUUAAUACUAAUGAAUGA